GGGGGGAACAUCCCCGCGCUUCACCACUCACUCUGUACGAACUUGAUUCUGUUCUUAAUCCGUCACAAUACGACAAACUUGGGGAACUAUACAAUAUUGUACCAAGAUCGAAUUUCUUUCUAUUUCUGUUACAGCUGCCUUCGGUACAGCUGUCAGGUUGUUGGCUGCGCUCUGUGUGGCACUGUGGUGCGUGGAAGCGGUCUGAGUGAUUGAAAUGGAUCCUCUGAGCAUCAUCGCCUCUACAAUCGCCGUUGUGCAGGCGACUGCUGCGACGUACAAAGCAAUUCAAAAGUUCAAGGGCCUGCCCAAGGAGUUUGUGGAAGUGAGCUUACGCUUUCCCUUGGCCGAGGAUAGUCUGCGUCUGCUACAAAAUCAGCUCAAUAACACGGGGAAUCUCGACGACGCAUCAAAAAGAGCCCUGGAGCCUUGUAUCAAUGGUUGUUACGCAAAGGCCCAAAAGCUGCGCGAUAUUUUCAAGAGCGUAGAACAGGGGGCUACAAAUGAUGGCUCUGUACUUGAUAUAUACCGUGCAGCCCUGAUGCGCCUGGGCAAGGUUCACCGCGUUGAGCGCCUGAUGAACAGCAUCUUGGCUGACUUAAAUGCCUUGGCGACCAACCGAAUCUUUCAAGGAGAUGACACAUCCCACCUUGCUGCUCAGCUGAAAGAGUCUAUUGAUCAGUUAUCCGACCUAGCUUCUUCCGUACCAGAUGCAGAGCUCGAAGGUCCACAGAGCCUCAACCAACUGAUUGAGCCUGGAGGCACAGGCUAUCAGGCGCAGUACAACAACUAUGGCAGUGGGCCCAACUACAACAUCUCUGGAGGCAGCCACACAAUGAACUUUGGUCCAUCCCGUAAAAGUCGUAUUCUAGAAGCUUUAAAUACUUUGCCAUACCGAGCCAGGAUGAACAGAAAUCCAGAUCGUACUCCUAGAACCUGCGAAUGGUUUGAAGAUCACCCGGAAUUCAAGCAGUGGGACGCAUGCCAAUCAUCUAGCAUGUUGUGGAUAUCGGCCAAUCCAGGAUGCGGAAAGUCUGUCUUGGCGAAAUAUUUAGUACAAUCCGUGCUUCCGAAGCAUAAGUCGCGGACCGUAUGCUACUUUUUCUUUAAAGACGACUUUUUGGAUCAGAGAGGAGCAGCUGGGGCCAUCUGCUGCAUUCUGCACAAGCUCUUCACAGACCGGCCGAAACUCUUCUCAGAAGAUAUUGCUUAUCGGUUGGAUGCUCAUAGGGCACACCUUGCCAACUCAUUUAAUGAGGUUUGGGACGCUCUGGUGGCGGCUUCGAAACAUGAGAAUGCACAUGAGAUAGUCUGUGUUUUGGAUGCAUUUGAUGAAUGUGCCGAUGAUGAACGACAUAUGCUCUCUCGAGCCUUGCGAAGCUUUUAUGAUCCAGAAAGCGAGGCCAAGAGAGGCUCAACAUUAAAAUUUCUCAUCACAAGUCGGCCUUAUGAUAAGAUCCGGCGGGGAUUCCUACCUUUUGAUACACCCGGUCUGUCUGUGGUCCAUCUCCGAGGGGAGAGUGACGAAGAGGUAGCUAAAAUUGCAAGGGAAAUCAACAUAUACAUCAAGUCCAAAGUCUCCGAGAUGGAUGAUUUUCUACCAGAAGAAAGACAGCUGCUGCUGCAAAGACUACAGGAAAUCCCCAAUCGAACCUAUCUGUGGGUUUAUCUUGCUAUUGAAUGGAUUCGAGAUGUGAAGAUACACAGCGCAGAUGCGUUAGACAUUACUUCAGCUUUACCAACCACAGUCGAUCAAGCAUACGAGAAAAUCUUGGCGAAAAGCAUCGAUCAAAAAGAGGCCAGGAAGCUACUACAUAUUGUUGUUGCCACGACGCGGCCGCUAACUAUGUUCGAAAUGGACUCAGCCUUGCAUAUUGGACCCGAAAAGAGUCCUAUAAUUAUCCAUAGACCUUGGGAUCGCAGCAGACGAGACAGAUGCGAAAAAUACAUUAGAAAUCUGUGUGGUCUCUUUGUCAACAUCGUCGACUCCAAAGUUUAUCUCUUACACCAGACUGCAAAAGAGUUUCUUGUAACAAAAGCGGAUGCAGACUCUAAUAAAGGCAGCCAUGGCCCUUCAGCUUUAACAUGGAAGUCAUCAUUUGAUCCUCAAGAGUCACAAAGCAUAGUUUAUAACAUCUGUCUUUGGCGGUUGUUUGACGAGGGCGGAGCCUCUAAUUCGGGCAAAAAGGGCGACCUUUUUGAAUAUUGCGCAAUCAACUGGGCCAUUCACUUCCGAAAUGCUUACAAUAAACAUAAUACAUCGGCAAUCGAAUCGGCAAGGCAACUUUGCAUUACAAGCCAGCCCCUUUUUGAUCACUGGUUCGGGAUCUACUGGAAAGCGACGCAAGUCGGUAAUGCUCCAAAAUUUAACGACAUCAUGGUUGCCUCAUUCUUUGGACUUGAGCAGGUUUUGAAGCUUCAGCUCUCUUCAGGUAAUGCAGAUGUCAAUGUUAAAGACAGCAUUUAUGGACGAUCAUCGCUCUCAUGGGCUGCUGAAAACGGCUUCGACAAUGUCGCUAAGCUAUUACUGAAAGGUCCAAAGCUGGAAUUUCGCCGAGCCAUUACCAAGCCGUUAACGUUGCGAGGGGCAAAGGUUAAUACGAGAGACGUGAAUAACAGAACCCCAUUGUCAUACGCAGCUUGGAAUGGCCACCUUUCAGUUGUACGGCGUCUAGUUCAAGAAGGAGCUGACGUUAAUACUGAGGAUGACAUCAAUGCCUCGCCUCUAUAUUACGCUCUAUGUACUGGUAGGAUGGAUGUGGUUAACGAGAUGUCUAUGGGCUAUUCGAUGUCCGAAGCGCAAGCUGUGCGCAACAAUCUGCUUCUUUCCGCAGCCGAAACAGGACAAGAACGCGUUAUUAAAAUGCUUCUCGAAACAGGAGUUGAUUUAGAGACUACAAACAGCCGUCACCAGACACCACUGUUAGUUGCUAUACACGAGAGAAGGCUUGGGGUAGCCCGGCUUUUACUCGAUAAAGGUGCCAAUGUCAAGGCCAAAGAUAAUAUGGGCAGGCUGCCACUACAUUGGGCUGUUGUUUGUCGUGACCAAUCUUUGGUUGAGGUGCUCCUUAAAAGAAGAGCAGAUACGGAAACAAUUAAUAGCAAAGAUAAUAGCGGGCGGACGGCGCUGUCUUUCGCUGCUGAGAGAGGCUUCAAUGAUAUUAUCGAGACUUUUAUCAGGUAUGGAGCUAAUGUUGAAGCCUUAGAGGCGGACGGAUGUACCGCGCUCUUUGAAGCAGCUCGCCACGGACAUAACAUUACUAUACAUCUACUUGUUAACCACGGAGCCAAUGUUGACUCUCGAGAUACGAAUGGGCAUACGCCACUCUUGGGAAGUAUUUGGGGUAGACACGCGUCUACUGCGAGGAUCCUUAUCGGUUAUGGGGCGACAGUUAACAGUAGAGACAAAAGCGAGCGAACAGCCCUAUCUUGGGCUGCUGAGAAUGGCUUUGAUGAUGUUAUGGAGACUCUUAUCAAACACGGAGCCGAUGUUGAAGCGCGGGAGACAAACGGGCGGACAGCGCUCUUUACAGCUGCUCUACAUGCACAACUAACUAGUAUACAUUUGCUUCUUAGUCACGGAGCUAAUAUUGACCCUCGAGAUGAUACUGGGCGAACGCCACUCUCUUGGGUGGUAGAAAGGGGAGAUAUAGACAUUAUACGAAUACUCAUUGGGUAUGGAGCGGCACUUGACAGUAGAGAUAAUAGUGGGCAAACUCCGCUAGCAUGGGCUAAGGCUUACAAACAACAAGGUGUUCUCCAGGAAUUUCUCAAACAGGGGGCUUAGGAAAAUACAUCAAUAUAUUUCUCCGGUGGGCUGCCGGUGCUACUACGACGACUAAUGUACUACUGUAUUCCCACUAGAGACUGGCCCACCUACACAAAAACACUAAAGCUAGAGAGAAGCUUUCCGUAAUUGCAGUUGAUUAACUGAACUAUCUACUCAUGGAC